UCCCUCCAUCACUGCCCUGGUGUGGAACCCACAAGCCCUGAGUCACGGCAAAGAGUGUGAGCGAGCGAGCGAGCGGGCGAGUCAAGCUGACUUACAAGAAGUUAUAAUAAAGACGCAAACAAGCUCACAGCUUGACCUUGUCAUAGAGCGAAAGGGCGAAUCUGAGGGGAACAGGCAAACGACAGAACUGGUGGAAAGAGGAACCGAAAAAGAGUAAAAAUUACCGCUGCAUGUUUCUCGACGUGUUCCUGGCUUUCAAAAUAAAUUGUGGGUUUUGGACCGUGAGUCCAGCGAAAGAGCAUCUCAACUAAGCGCGGAGGGGAGGACCUUAAAGCACGCUUAAAAAAACAGAAGACCUUGUCACCAGAGACGCUGCUCGGAGGGUGGUGGUUAGAGAGGUGACACUUCAGGGUUAUGAGCGCCUCGGGCUGCUAAGCUGCCGAGCCACCAACGAGGACGUGAAUCGCGAGCCGUGCGACUCGAUGGCAGACUCGCAAAUCAUCUCCCUGCAGGACUACGUCUGCGACUUGGAUCUCUCCACGCUCCCGCGGAUCCUGGAGAUCCACUCUGGAGUUUACUUCCAAGGAUCCGUCUACGAAAUUUCGGGAAACGAGUGCUGUUUGUCGACUGGCGACCUGGUCAAAAUAAUCCACGUAGAGUUGCAGAAGGUGACGUGCGAAAACGCGGAGAUCGGCAUGACCUAUGACCUCCCGCCAGAUCUACCCGGGACUUUCAAGCUGGCCCCUUGCAGGUCGAUUGGAGACAUGAUGCAAAGGCACGGGGAGCAAGGCUUCGAGGUGGUGUCAUUUCAGAGCGCCAAGGAUAUCCACACACAGGGCAGUGUCAUCUGCAAGGGUGACCCCAUCACGGCCACAGGUGUCAAGAGCGUCAAGGGACAGAUGUUCGCCACCUGCAUUGUGGACGGUCUCGAGGAGCAGCUGUACAUCAACCUCCCCUUCUCACUGCCCGGGGAGUUUUCCGAGAACCUGGACCAGUCGUUCAGCAUCGAUGAGAUCCUGAGUUCCAAGCCUCUGAGGAGCAAGAGGCUGAUCUACGUCGAGAUGGAGCACAGGGUCACUGAGAAGUAUCUGCGCGGGGAUCUGCUGCUGGAACCUGUGUAUGAAAUACAAGCCAUCAUGCACUUGCGGAAGAAUAUCGUGAAGAUCCCGUCGAACCUGGAGGUGGACGUCAGCGACGUGUCCGAGGAGCAGAAGGAAGUCACGUUCAUCAAGCCUCUCUCGCUGCUCGACCUGAUGAAUGAGCCGCAGGACACAUUUCCCGCCGCGGUCGAGAUCCUGGACUCCCCGGGGCUCCUGGCCCCCUACAAGGACGAGUGGACCCACUGCCUGAGAAAGGGGGCGCUCCUCACCGUGCACAGCAAGCAGGUGACCAAGAAAAUCCUGGCCACCUCCAUGAGCAACAAGGUGAGCCAGCAUUUCCUGAUCUCUUCCAUGUACAAGGGCAUGUUCAGGAGGAGACCCAGGGAGUUCCACACCACCUUCGAUCUCUGCAACGCCGUCAGCUCCGAGGCUCCGCUUCACGUUGUGGUGACCAGAGACUGCAUGAGCAACGAGGACGAUCAGGUGUCCCUCUGCGUGGGAGAGCGCCUGAUCGCGUUGGCCAAGACCACCGCUAGAGUGGUGUCCUGCGGGGUCCCUCAAGACAUCGACGUCCUGGUUUGCAACAAAGUCGAGGACGACGAGGACGAGGAGGGGAUGGUCGAGGAGGUCCUGCUUCCCUGGUACCUGGAGGGACGGUUCGUGGAGGAGAUCCGGGACAAUAGGAAGUAUACCAUCUCGGAGAUCUGCGACGGAUUCAACUUCCCGUUCGAAGUCAAAGUCACGGUGAAGGACCCGGCUUUCAAGAUCGACCCCUUGAAGCCGUUCCCGGCCAUCAAGCUUGAGGAGAGUAUCCUGGUGCCCACCCUGCUCGUCAGCCUGGCCGAGAAGCCUUCAGACUCUUUCUUCAUCCCGGUCGAGUGGAUGUCUCUGUCUGUCCAGCUCCUGGCGGAAAGGCCAUCAGAGGACAUCGCUCCCACCCAUGUGGCCUCGGUGGUGGAGCUGACCGAAUCAAUGUAUUACGACCUGCGCAAGUGCUCCAACUUAAGCUCCUGCCCUCCGCCUCGCCCUCCAAAGAGAGCAUCCAACAAGAUCCUCCCUGCGACCUCCACUGCCACCAGCCCUCCCUUCCCCAAAGCCCCAGGACGACAAACCUCCUUUGGUCCCCAGAGGAUUGUCAGUAAAAGAAAAGCCUAAGGUUGUCGGCGGUGACAAACCAUCUUCCUUGCGCGCCACUCCCAAUGAAUACACA